UCCUCUUGCACAACUGAACUCCCGCCGGGCCAACAUGUGGCAGAAGCUCCGGCAAGCCCGCGGGCCCCUGGCUCUCCUGGCUCUUUGCCUGGCGACGGCGGCCAGAUCCCUGCCUCUGGCUGAUGCUGGACCACAUGUCAACUACGGCUGGGGGGAGUCUAUCAGGCUGAGGCAUCUCUACACUGCCAGCAGGCAAGGGCUCUUCCUGAGGAUCAGCGGCGACGGCCGAGUGGAAGGCGCCAGCGCCCAGAGUCCGCACAGUUUGCUGGAGAUCCGAGCCGUGUCAGUUCGCGCGGUGGCGAUCAAGGGCGUGCGCAGCUCUCGGUACCUCUGCAUGGAAGACGAAGGGAGGCUGCAGGGGCUUCUCAGAUAUUCUACAGAGGACUGUUCCUUUGAAGAGGAAAUACGUCCAGAUGGUUACAAUGUCUACAAGUCAAAGAAAUAUGGAGUCUUGGUGUCAUUAAGUAAUGCUAAACAAAGACAGCAAUUCAAAGGGAAAGGCUUUCUUCCACUGUCUCAUUUCUUGCCCAUGAUCAACAAUGUGCCAGUGGACUCUACAGAUUUUGGAGAGUAUGGUGACACUGGAUCUCAUAUUUUCAGUUCUCAUAUUGAAAUGGACAGCAUGGUGGACCCACUUGGCAUCACUUCAGAAGUAUCAUCAGUACAAAGUCCUAGCUUUGAGAAAUAACUCAUGUUCUUUAUUCUUAAUGAUGCUACACAAAAACAUUGCCAGCAAGGUAGGAUAGUAUUUCUAGCAGUGUUUGGAAACAUGUUAAGAUAUGGUACCACUCUAAUUUGUCAAAUGGCAUUACUUGUAAAUUGCCUGUACCAAAUAAAGUAAAUACUUCCUAGCUACUCAGAUUAACACAGACAGACAGACAAGGUUCUUCUAAGAAAUGCUGUUUAAUUCAGGAAUGACAAAAAAGCAGAGCAUGCAGGAAGUUUUUCUGCAUUGAGAAUGCUUGGAGAGAUAACAUAAUGAAUAUUUUACUAUUACUUUAUUACUACUUCCAGUCACCACUAAGUUCUAAUGACAGAUACACCAAUGCAAUUGAUUCAAAGAAGGACUGAUAAUUUGUGUUCUUCAAUGUGCACAUCAUUGUUAGAAAUAAAACAGGAACCACCACCAAAACAAAAACUGCACAUCUUAAGAGAUGACAGAUGUAAUAAUCUCUUCACAAAUCUCUUCUGCUACUAGUUUCAGGAAGAUUAGCUAUUGAUAGACAAUUUCUGUCCUUCAGCUGCCUAACACAGACAAGAGGUAAUGCUGGUCUCAGUGAAUGGAAGAAACUAGAUACACAUACUGUUAUCUUUUAGAGAACUAAUGUUGUCGAUGAAGUCGAUACAAGCUUUCAAGUUACACAGGGUUCCUAGUCAGGCAGAACAGGAAGUAAGUGCCUAUUAUUCCACUAUGCUGAAGGCAAGAUUGGUUUACUGAUGUAUGUGUUUGAAGUGCAAAAUUGUUGGAAGAGCAAAAAAUUAACUAUCUGGAGCAAGUAAAAAUAGAUUAAUAUGUAACCAAUUCUGCUUUUUCUAGAAAGGAACAAUAACUAGACAUUUACUGUGCUUGAUGAAGAAUUUUGUGUAACUAAGAAUUUGCAUACUACUGAAGUAAAAUAAGUUUAGCUGAGGGGAAAAAACUAUAAUUGUACUUGCUUUGUAUUACCAAUUGGUAGGUUGUAAUUUUUAAAAAAGAUUUAUGUUGAUAAUUUCACAGACCUUUGCUCCAAGAAAGACUACUCUUGUAAGUAAAGCUAAAAUGAGCAGUUGACUAAUCUAUAUUCUGAAUAAAUCCUGCCCUUGAACUCUGGAAGAUGUGUUGGGUACAGUACAGUUCAAAAUGCUUUUAAUUACUACUAACUUCCAGAGUUGUACUAUACAUUGUGAACAAUAAUUCAUUGGAAUUUUGUAUAUAGUAACUUUCUAAUGUUAUCAUUUCAACUAGUUUGUGCAAAGCUGAGAAAGUAGAUCUUGGGAUAUCAUUCUUUCCCAAAGAUUCUUGUAUAUAGUAGUAUGGUUCUGUACAGAAAACAAAGGGUAAACAUUAUUAUUUUUGACCUAGCACUUCAUUGUCAAUGCUAUAUUUAUAAUUAAUUUAUUAAACACAUACAUCUGUUUAUUUUGUUACUGUAUUUAUACUCAAAUUUCUAUUUAUGUACUCCAAUGCAUUUUUAACAGUCUGUAGUGACUUCUGUAAUCUUGAUAAUGACGAGUAAAAACAAAACUUGGUCUUUGUGAAAUAGUCUGUAGUUUUAGUGUGUCACAUUUUUAA